AUGUCCGAAGAUACCUACAACCUCGUCCAGUCCCGUUACGGUGACAUUGCCAAGCAGAGUAAUGACACCCAGCACAAGAAAGAAGAGGACAUCGCCAGAGCAUUUGGCUACACUGCGGAUGAUCUCAGUUCCCUGCCGGAGAAGACAAACCUCGGCUUGAGUUGUGGCAAUCCUGUGGGUUUUGCCAACGUCAAAGAGGUCUGUUUCUUGCCUGAUAUAUUUGUAGACCUUGGCAGCGGCAGCGGUAUUGAUGUCCUCCUGGUAGCUCGUAAAGUCGGGCCCAAUGGACAGGCUAUCGGCGUCGACAUGACAAAGGUCAGUUUUCCGAGAUCCCUUUGUAAAGGCAGGGCUGAUCGUCCACAGAGCAUGAUCGAACUCGCCGAGAAGAACAUCCAACAGGCAGGGUUAUCCAACGCAAAGAUUAUCGAAUCAAAUAUCAACUCAAUUCCGCUGCCUGACUCGAGCGUCGACUGCAUCAUCAGUAACUGCGUCAUUAACCUCGUCCCGGCUACCGACAAAGCGGCCGUUUUCAAGGAGAUCGCUCGACUGCUGAAGCCCGGCGGAAGAGUGGCGAUCAGUGAUAUCCUGGCGAGAAAGCCGCUCCCGGAUCAUAUCACGAAGAAUAUGGCGCUGUAUGUUGGAUGCGUUGCGGGUGCCAGUCAGAUUGGGGAGUAUGAGGAGUAUCUUAGGCAAGCUGGAUUCGAAAGUGUGUUCAUUGUCGAUACAAAGUCGGACCUGAACCUCUACAAGGAGUCUUCGUAUCUGCCACAGAGCUCGUGCUGUGGCGGUGGGAAUGGGAAGGAGACUACGAGUGAUAUUGCGGAGCUGGAUUUCAAUGAAUGGGUUGGUCAGUAA